UCGGGACGGGGGUGGGGGUAAUAGGAACCUAUAUAAGAAAAAGAGCCAAAAAUUGGGACUGUCCCUGUAAAAUCAGGACAUCUGGUCACCCUAGACCCAGCCCCGAACAUCGGUGGAGCCCGGGGCCCCCGGGCCCGUAGAACUCGCCGCCCAGGGCGGUCAGAGCUGUCCGGAGGCAUCGGCACCAUACGCAGGCACCCGACAAUCUGGGGCACCGCUGGGUCAAGUCCACCCGCCUCUUCCUAUCCCUGUUGCUGUGACUGCUGCAGCCUGACCUGAAGGACCCCAGGUCCCAGCGAACACACUCACAACAGAUCAGCAAGGAGGCAGAAGGCAGGCAGAUGCAGGAAGGGCGCUGGCCAGUUUCAAUCCGGGAUAGUCACAUUUCUGAGCAAAGUGAAAGUGAAAGUUACUUUCCUCUUUCUUGUAGGUGCCAUGGCUGCAAGAAACCGGGUAAAAGAUCUCCAAGAGGCUGUUAACUGUUCCAUUUGCCUGGAUUAUUUUAACGAUCCGGUGAUUCUCAAGUGUGGGCACAACUUCUGCAGAGCCUGCAUCAUUCAGUACUGCAAGGAGUCCAAAACCUCCCCCUCCUAUUCCUGCCCUCAGUGCAGAGAAGUGUUCGGGGAAGGGGAAUUCCAGCCCAACUGGCAGCUGAGGAAUAUAGUCGAUAUAGCGAAAAACAUCCCAGAGCCGAGGGGGAAGAAAGCGUGUGAAGAACAUGAGGAGAUUUUGAAACUCUUCUGUGAAGUGGAUCAAACCCCCAUCUGUGUGGUGUGCAGAGAGUCCCGCAGUCACAAAGAACACUCUGUGGUUCCUAUCGAGGAGGCUGCCACGGAUUAUAAAGACCAAAUUCAGAGCCGUUUGGAGAGUUUGAAGAAAGAGAGAGAAGAGAUUCUAUCAUUUAAAUCGAGUGGGGAACAUAAAAGCCAGGAACUACUGAAACAGCUAAAAAGGGAGAGGCAAAAGAUUGUGUCUGACUUUCAGCAACUACACCAGUUUCUGAAGAGACAAGAGCGACUCCUGCUGGCCCAGUUGGAAGAGCUGAAUAAGGAAAUUGAAAAGAGGAGGGAUGAGUAUGUUGCCAAACUAUCUGAGGAACUGUCCUCUUUCAGUUCCCUGAUCACUGAGAUGGAACAGAAGUGCCAGCUGCCAGCGAGUGAAUUCCUGCAGGACAUCAAAGGCACCUUGAGCAGAUGCGAGAGGGAGAAGUUUCAGAACCCAGUGGCCUUUUCUUCUGAACUGAAAUGGAGAAUCUGGGAAUCUUCUCAAAGAAAUGCAUCUGUGGAGACCAUAAUGAAGAAAAUCAAAGACUCACUGUCGUUGAGACUGCGGGUGGAGAAAGCACACGUGACUCUGGAUCCAGACACGGCCCAUCCCCAACUCAUUGUGUCUGCGGAUCGGAAAAGUCUGAGAUGGGGAGACACACGGCAGAAUCUGCCCAACAACCCUGAGAGAUUUGACACUGAGCUCUGUGUGCUGGGCUGUGAGGGAUUCACCUCGGGCAGACAUUACUGGGAGGUGGAGGUGGAGGACGGGGGACUCUGGUCUGUGGGGGUGGCCAGAGAGUCUGUGAGCAGGAAGGGAGGGAUCAGCGUUAACCCUGAGCGGGGGAUCUGGGCUGUGCAGUGCUGGGAGGAUCAGUACUGGGCUCUCACGUCCUCUCAGCAGCUCAUCCCCUUCUCCCCGAGCCAGGCACCCCGCAGGAUCUGGGUUUAUCUGGACUAUGAAGGGGGGCAGGUGACGUUUUUCGAUGCUGGUCAUGGGGACCCGAUCUUCACUUUCCCAACGGCCUCUUUCGCCAGGGAGAGAAUCCGCCCGUUCUUCUGGGUGGGACUUGAGGGAAGCUCUUCUGUGCUCUGUUCCAAGCACUAUUUCGCUCUCCUGGACCAAUGCUCCCACCUCACACUGGGUCCGUGA